AACAAACGCUGUACCCACAAUCGAAGAACGCGAUCGCGAUCGCCGCAUUCGCACCGGUGAACUAGAGCGGUGAAGAUGGGCUCACGCAUCGAUAUGCGGCAGCCGUUCCGGUAUGCGUCAUCGGUAGCGCUUUGUGUGAUUUUGUUUGUGAUUGCAACUGUACGCUGUGAUUUAGAAGUGGGUGACCCGUGCAUAGUGCAGCGUACGAACGAGCCAGGCAUCUGCCGCAUCGUGUCCGAGUGUGCACCCGUAAUCGAUGACAUCCGCAAUCGACGGGGAAACCCGACCAAGUGCGGCUUUAUCGAUCGGGUGCAGAUUGUUUGCUGUCCGCAGGUGGGCACUACGCCUGCAGCAGCAACCACACCCUCCACCACACCACGCAACGAGCACCAGCGGGUUGCGGAAAAGUGUGCCGAGUAUGGGCAGGCUGUGUUUUCGAAGGAGUACGUGAACUCGCUGACUGCUUCGGAGGCAAAGCUGCAAACGAUCGACAAGUGUGGCCAUACCGCUGUCGAACUGAUUGUGGACGGUGAGCUGGCCAAAGCGCGCGAGUUCCCCCACAUGGCACUGAUCGGGUUCGGUGAGGCGCCGGAGAUUCGAUAUCUGUGCGGUGGUUCACUUGUGUCCGAUCGUUUCAUUCUAACUGCUGGCCACUGCCUAACAUCCACAAAUUUCGGACCUGCCACUAUCGUCCGGCUGGGAGAGCUUUCGCUCGCCUCCUCCACCGACGAAGCCUUCCCGGAGGAUUACGACAUCGCGGAACGCAUCCCACACCCCGAGUACAAGCAAACGUCCCACUACAACGAUAUCGCACUGAUUAAGCUAAACCGCAAGGUGAUCUUCUCACCCUACGCACGCCCCAUCUGCCUGCCGCUGCAGGCAGCAAUCCCCCAAAAGCGUGCCAUCGCAACCGGCUGGGGUGCGAUCGGGUUCGGGCUGGAGCAAAGCAGCGCCCUCCUCAAGGUAACGCUCGACAUGUUCCGCUUCGAGGAAUGUAAGGAUCAGUUCGAGCCGACGCGCAAACUACGCACCGGCCUGAACGCUACCACGCAACUGUGUGCCGGUUCGCGCAACUCCACCAAGGACACGUGCCAGGGCGAUUCCGGCGGACCGCUGCAGGUGUACAACGAUGCGAACGUGUACUGCACCUACACCAUCAUCGGCGUUACCUCGUUCGGGCAGAACUGUGGGUUGGCCGGGGUGCCGGCCGUCUACACCACCGUCUAUUCGUAUCUUUCGUGGAUAGAAAAUUUAAUAUUUUAACUUAAAAGAAACAACGCAACACACCUUACCUCUACGCUGGGUGUCCCAAGCGACCUCCGGUGGCUCACGAAGUAUACCGUUCACUCAUCAUCAGCUGGUAGAUGAUUUUGCUCAGCUUGUCGCCGAUCGUACGCUUCGUCGGCCCGUACGGUAGGUUCAGUAGGCGCUGACGCUCCGUCUCGCUCGGGCACCGUUCGUACGCGCGGAACAGACUCUGCGGCGUUGGGUAUUUCUCCACGAUGGCAUUUAUCUUCUCGAUCGUCAGCAACUUAAUUUGCAGCAGCUGCUUCAUGAACGUGUCCCGCACGGUGGUGUCGCGCGUUUUGGACGAUUGUUUGUAGAAAUAUUCAAACGAAAACAGUGGAACGGUUUGACUGGAGAAGCGAUAUUCGGAAGCGUGCUCCGUCGCGGGCCGAUUAGUAACGUCGAGGUAAAGUUUAUUCUAUAAAAAGGAAGAUAAAAUAAGUGUUCUGUGUAUUCCACAAUAGCAAUAAACGAUGUAUACUUCAUACCUGAA